AUGGCUGGCUACGGAUACGGUGUUUAUGGUGGUCCAUACGGUGGCAUGGGUGGCUUUGGUGGUGGUGUCAUCGAACAGGAACGCAUUGGCUAUGGUCCACAAGGAUUCGGACUCUAUGAACAGGAGACGAGAAUAAACCGAAACCCGUUCACCGGAGCGAUGUCCACCAUACGAGAAAACGAAUUCAUACCGAUGGGUGGUGCUUAUGGUGGUAGAUAUGGAAUGGGUUAUGGUUUUCGAUACUUCUAA